AUGACAGGUCUCACAGUUCCAGUGGUGCAGAUUAACUCGCAUCACACCAAAGGCGCUUCAGCGAUUUUAGCUAGAGGCAUGGCUGUGAUGCAGACAGCAAUAGCACUUGUACAAGAACUAUGGCUCUUGAACAACGCUAUAAAAGGCCUGAGCGGUAGUGGCAAGAUUAUCUCGUCCACCACUCAGGAAAAAAUAAGGACAUGUAUAGUGACAAAAAGUCUAAAUGCAAUCUUAAUGCCGCAGUUCAGUAAUGGAAAUAUCACGGUGGUACAAGUGAGGCUUAAUCUGGACGAAGGGACCCACAGGGAUGUAUUGAUGGGGUCAGUCUACAUGCCCUAUGACGCCAAAGACCUUCCACCACAGAGGGAAGUCAAAGAGCUGAUGAAAUAUGCGGAGGAGAGAAGGCUAGAGGUACUCCUGGGUUGCGAUGCAAACUCUCACCAUGUGGGAUGGGGGAGCACGGGCAUCAACCCGAGAGGGGAAAGCCUACAUGAAUUCGUCAUGGACAGCAAGCUAAUCAUCCUAAACAGAGGAACGGAGCCCACUUUCAUGGACUGCAGAAGACGUGAUAGACCUAACCCUAUGCAGCUACGUUUUGCGCUCGAGCACAAGGAAAAGGGGAAAUGGGGUCGCAACCCCAGAAGCACAAACUGGACGAGCUACAGGAAGGACCUUGGCACCAUUCUGAAAAAAGCCCCGUCCAGAUUUAAUACAAAACAGGAUCUAGAAGCGGCGUCGCAGUUUGUCAGCGACGCUAUCCUAGAGGCCUAUGAAGCAAACUGCCCACUAAAGCGGAAACAAGUCUCAACCAAGGUCCCAUGGUAG